AUGACCUCUACCACGCAAACUCAAGCUGCUACCGAGAACCUAGCUCAAUUGCAAUUGAACACGACUCCGAUCAGACAUGCUCUUUCGGACACUGUUAAACAACAAGAUUGGUCAGACUUUAAGUUUGCACCAAUCAGGGAGUCGACCGUGUCGCGGGCCAUGACCUCUCGUUAUUUCCACGACUUGGACAAGUUCGCAGUUAGCGAUGUGGUUAUUGUUGGAGCCGGCUCCAGUGGCUUGGCUGCCGCCUAUGUGAUUGCCAAGAACAGACCAGACCUCAAAGUUGCCAUUGUAGAAGCUAACGUCAGCCCAGGUGGCGGUGCCUGGCUAGGUGGCCAGCUUUUUAGCGCUAUGAUCAUGCGUAAACCAGCCCAUUUGUUUCUGGACGAAUUGGAAAUUCCAUAUGAGGACGAAGGUGACUAUGUUGUUGUCAAGCACGCUGCUUUGUUCACCUCUACCGUGUUAAGCAAGGCACUUCAAUUUCCUAACGUCAAACUAUUCAAUGCUACAGCCGUGGAAGACCUGGUCACCAGACCUGCCGACAAUGGGCAAGGCGUUCAAGUAGCUGGUGUUGUAACCAAUUGGACACUGGUUACCCAGGCACACGACUUGCAGAGCUGCAUGGACCCCAAUGUGAUCGAAUUGAGUGGCUAUCAAGACGACGGCACCCGUGAUCUGAGCAAAAAGCACGGUGUCAUUUUGUCUACCACGGGCCACGAUGGCCCCUUCGGAGCGUUCUCCGCCAAGCGUAUUGUUUCCAUCGAUGGCAGCAAGAAGCUAGGCGGUAUGAAAGGUUUGGACAUGAACAAUGCGGAAGCCGGUGUCGUCAAGCACUCAGGUGCUUAUUCCGGGGUGGAGAGUAUGUACUUCGCCGGUAUGGAGGUUGCUGAACUGGAGGGCUGCAACAGAAUGGGUCCAACUUUCGGUGCUAUGGCCGUCAGUGGUAUCAAGGCGGCGGAAGAAAUUUUGAGACACUUUGCGGCCUAG